UUUUCUCUGUUCAAGGCGAUGGAGAAGGAGCAGAGGAGGCCACCUGGCUCGAAGACGGCGCCGGUUUUCUCUGCAAAUGCGACGCCGCAGGGCAUGAAGAACAGAAUCCAGUCUCGGAGGGACAGGAAAAUUGCACUGCAGCAAGAUGUGGACAAGCUGAGGAAGAAGCUGCGGCACGAGGAGAACGUCCACCGAGCUCUGGAGCGGGCAUUCACGAGGCCGCUGGGCGCUCUGCCUCGCCUCCCCCCUUUCCUGCCGUCUCAAACAUUGGAGCUUCUGGCCGAAGUCGCGGUCCUGGAGGAGGAGGUGGUCCGGCUCGAGGAGCAGGUCGUCAAUUUCCUGCAAGGACUGUACCGGGAGGCCAUCAUCACCUCCAUGGCCAAGAACGCGUACUUCCCGGACAGUGACCGGUGCACGCCGGCACGGCACAAGCUGUCGUCGGCCCAAGUGCAGAGUUCAGAGCUGUCCACCUCGACGGGUCAAGCCUCCUCCAAUCAAGAUGCUGCUGAUUGGCCAUCUUUGAAGCGAGCCACCAAUGUGAAGCAGACACCAAGAAGGCCCGGCCGUUCCCUGAGCCAAGGUGACUGUCCGGGGAAGGAGAACCAGUCGUUUGGCAGUGGCACUAACUCGUGCAGAGAUUCCGGCCUGGCGCCUUUGAGUAACGUGCCAGGAUGCAGGGUACAACAAGUAGCGGAGACAUGCGCAGGUUUUCAGCCAACCAGUACAAUGGAAGACCACAAAGCUAUUGACGGCGGCAAUGGCAUUGAUCCAGACGAGGCCUCAACGGCGGCGAACAAAGUCUCGGAGGAGCUACUGACGUGCCUCCUGGCCAUCUUCUCGCAGAAGAGCACCUCCAGCAGCCAAGACGAUGAGCGGGUGUCGCCGGCGUCAGUCUCUGGUUCCUGCGAGAGCAGCUCAGACCCCUACGGUGUCCUAGAAUUCGGGUGGCGAGACAUUGGCCGGUACAAGCAGUUCCGAUCAGUCGACGCCACUUCGUUCGGCACAAACAUUUCUGCCGGCGACGCCUCCGCACUUGGCUGGAGAUUGAAGGCACUGCUCCGGAAGCUCUCCUUGGUUGACCUGGCGGGCCUCUCCCACCAGCAGCGGCUGGCGUUCUGGAUCAACACCUACAACUCCUGCAUGAUGAACGCAUUUCUUGAGCACGGAGCACCUACCAACCCCCAUAUGUUGGUGGCCAUGAUGCCCAAGGCGACCAUCAACGUCGGUGGGCGCGUGCUGAGUGCCAUGACGAUCGAGCACUUCAUCCUCAGGCUGCCCUACGACGCAAAGCAUGUGAACACUGAAGAGGUGAAAGGCGACGGCCCGGCCGUAUUCGCGCUGGAGUGGCCGGAGCCGCUGGUGACGUUCGCGCUCUCCUGCGGCAGCUGGUCGUCGCCGGCGCCCGCAGUACUUCAGUCAUCCCUACCAAUUCAGCCGAACAGGCUGAACCGCGGCACAGUUGGCUGGCACUGA